AACGGAAACGAAAACGAGAACGCGCAAGCUGCUCCGGAGCAGCAGCAGCGGCAGCAGCCAAACGAAUUGCGCUCAGCGGAAACGGAAGCGGAGCGCAUUAAGAAAUUGCGUUUGCUAUGCACCGAGACCUUGGCCUCCAUGCCCUAUGGCGAGCAGAUGCUUGAGGAGCUCGCCAGCGUUGCCCAAAACAUAACCGAACAGCAGCAGCAGCAGCAGCAGCAACAGCAGCAGCAGCAGCAGCAGCAAUCCGAUAACAUGCCUUAUCCUAUGCCACAAUUGCCGCACAUCGGCGAGCUGCAGCUCUCGCUGGACCAGCCCAGGGGCGAGAAGGAUGCCUGGCUGGGUUUGCCCACUCAGAAGGAUCCCCAGUUGCUCGUUUGCCUGUCGCCGGCGCAGCGUGCGCUAGCACAGCAGCAACAGUUGCAGCCAGCGGCCGAUCAGCUGCUGGACGCACACGAGAAAUUCGUGCAGCGACGCGGCUAUCACGAGCUGAACGCCGAGCAGGUGCGCGCCAUGGACAGCGCACAAAUGAAUGCCGAGCAGGAGCAGAUACUCAAAACGGCGGCCAAGAUGCGCGAAUUGCGCAAGAGUCUAACGCCCACAGCGACAACGCCGCCGCCGCCGCCGGUGCCUGUGAAGAGCGCCGAGACUGCGGCCAAGGCAAAGAGCCAAGCAGCGCAACAGCAACAGCAGCCGAAGCAGCAACAGCAGCAGGCAGAUGACGUAAGCCAAAAGUCAAACACAGCAGCAACAAUGCCAGCGACAUCAUCAUUUGAAAAUAAACCAACAGCAGCAGCAGCAGCUGAUCAGCAGUUGCCGUACGCAUUUGACCAGCGCACAGUCGAGCAGCAACAGCAGAGCAAACACAGCAACAGCAACAGCAGCAACAGCAACCGCAACAGCAGCUACAUGAGCCACAGCAGCAACAUUAAGAGCAGCAGCAACAGGAGCAGCAGCAGCAACAGCAAGUUUCCAGCCAGCAUGGAAAGCGAAUUGGCGCGCAUGUUCCCCAGCAUGGCCCAGCAGGGCGACAUCUUUGACGAGCAGCGCAAGCGUUUCUCCAACAUUGAGCAGAGCGGGCAGCAGAAGCCGCAGCAGAGCAAACGCUACUCCAACAUUGAGACCAGCUCCUUUGAGUCCAAGAAGCGUGUGGAGAAUGGCCAGGUGAUCUACGACUACAGCAACAGCAGUCGCGAGCAGCAGCAGGAGCCUGGCGAGACGCCCACUGUAAAUAAUAAAUUUCCGGUGCAGCAGGUACCGCAGGUGCAUCAGAUACCUGUGCGGCAGGCGGCGGCGGCGGAUGAGGUGGAUUGUGCGCCGCCAGUGCCACCGCCGCCGUCAGCGGCUAAUAUUAUGUCAGCAACGAAAUUAAAUGGCAUGGCAAACACUUUCAAUGAUGACGCACAGCAGCAACAGUUGCUCCCAGAGAGCAGGCAGCACAGAGAGCAGACAACAACAACAACAACAACUGGCAGCAGCACCAAGGUGAACAACAGCAACAGCAGCAGCGGCACUUAUGAGGAAUUUCGGCAACGUGCCAAAGCAGCGCUCGACGCAAUUGCUCAGACCAACGGCAACGGCAAUGGGCAACCUUCGACGGGCAAUCACUUGGAUAAUGAAAAGCUCUUCAAGGACUUUGACGCCUUGUCCCAGCAGCUGAAUGCCGAGCUGCAAACGGGCCGCGAGCAGCGACAGCAGCGCGACAAAUCCGCCUCGCUGUACGAUCUCAGUCGCCUCACCAGCAACAACAACAACAGCAACAACAGCUGCCAGCAGGAGCAGCAGAAGCGUGAGCGGCAUGCACACAUGCAGGAGCUGGAGCGUGAAAUUGAACGCUCGGCGAGAUCACGCCAGGAGCGGCUGUCCUCGGUGCCGCGUGCCGUCGAGAUACCCAUUCAACUGGCGCCCGAUUACGAACGGACUCGUCGCGCCGAGUCGCUGUGCAAUCUGAACGAGACCGUGCGGCCGCACAGCUCCGCGGAGCACUACCGAGUCCCGGCCGAGGCAGUGCAGCAGGAUGAUUGGGCGCAUUAUGCCAGCGAUUUGGGCUACUCGGAGAAUAUUGCGCGUCCGUUUGCGCGCGAGGUGGAGAUUUGUUAUCAGCGCCAGGGCCUGGGCCAGCGGCAGCCGCAGCCUCACUCGAUACGCGCUCCACGCCUCUCGGCCAGCACGAACGAUCUGUCCAGCAGCAGCUGCUACGAUAGCUUUAAUGCGUACGGAGGUGCACGCCGGCAUGCGCCCAUGCUGCAGCAGGCGCCGCAGCAGCAGCGGCCGCACUACGCCAGCUGCUACUCGAUGAUCGAGCGGGAUCCGAAUCCCACCUACAUUAGCACCACCUCGCGGCGUGGCGUGUCGCCGGCGCCAGUGUCCACGCCCGUCACCCCACCCCAGCCGGGACAGCCGCCGGCGUACGACAGGCAGCGGGAGAGACGCGCCUCGUUGCCGCGCGAGCUGCACGAGCAGCAACUCAAGUAUAUACUGAGCAAGGAGGAACAGCUGAAGCUGGAAUUCGAGCGGCUGCAGCAGGAGCGCCGCCGGCUGAUGGAGGAGAUGCAACGGGCGCCCACGGUGCUGCAGGCGCCGCCGCCGCGACGCGAGAGCUACCGGCCGGCGCCGAAGCUGCCCACGCUCAGCGAGGAUGAGGUGUUCCGCCAGCAAAUGGCCGAGGAGUGGAUGAACAAGGUGGCGGAGCGCGAGGAGCGGCGCCAGCACAAGAUCAUCAAGAUAUCCAAGAUCGAGGACGAGCAGCAGCACGCCACCGAGCAGCAGGCGAACAUUAGCGAUGAGUUUCUCAAUCGCGUCAAGGAGCGUCGCCACAAACUGUCCAUGCCCGCGGACAGCGACUGGGAGAGCGGAGCCGAGUCGCAGCCAGCGGCGGCCGCAGCGGCGGCGGCAGCGGGCAGCGAAUCGGAUGCUGAGGCGCCGACGCCCGUGCGCAUUCUGGAGGGUCAGGCCGAGGCGAAUCUGCGCGAGCUGCCGCGCCAUUUGCGCGAAUUCGCAAAGUUCAGCAGCUGCGAACAGCUGAAAGGCGACGACCAAUCAACUGGUCAAGUGGAGCGGCUCGAGCAGCAGGAGCGCAGCGAGACCGCAACGGACAAUUCGCUAAGCAGCGCCAGCAAGAAGUCGACCAUUGUGAAGACGUACAAGGUGUCCCGGUUGCCGCCUUCUGUGCAGGCCCAAGCAAUUAAAAGCGAGCGACCGCAGCAGCAGCAGCAACAGCAACAACAGCAGCAGCAGCUACAGACAGCGACGUCAACGUCAACGCCGACGCCAGCGAUGGCAGCGAAGCAGCGUCUACGCCCACAGAAGCAGACGCGGUUUCUGCUAUCGCCGCAGCAGCUGCAGCGACAGCGCCAGCGACGCAGCUGGUCCGAGAGCGAUCUGCUCAAGGAGAUUGACAAUGAGCUGCAGCUGGCCAAGGGCUUUCUCUAUGCCAACGUCUACAAAGUCAAGCACGAGUAUAUGAGCGAACCGGAAACGGAAAGCGAUCGUCCGCGCAAAAUGGCACAGUUAGGUCGACGGCAAUACGAAGGGAUCGGUCCGGUGACCAACGAUGGAAUGCCCAUCAUACUGAGAUCGGAGGUCCAGGAGCCGCAUCAGCAUGAAUGGUAUAAGCGACUCUAUCAGACCAUACAUAAGCAGAAGAAUGGCGACGAUUUUGUGAUACGCUACAAGUGUCCCAGAGCACGUCCCGCGUACAAGAGCAAUGGUUAUGUCUCAGAGCCCGAGCACAAUUACGAUUCGGAUUACUCGACUGUAAAAUAUCGUACACCCAAUCCUCUACGCGUGCAGUCGGUCUCAUCGGCAGUCAAUGUGCGCAAUCUAAGCCAGGACGAUAAAUUGUAUGGUACUAUGCCCAAUCCCAUAAAGGCGGCACAGAACUCAUACAAGAAUCAACCUGGUCGCAUCGAGAACUACACAACUGGUCACUCGUCGGUUUCGGAGAAGGAGAAGAAGGAGUGGUGGGACGAAGUGAUGGACAUCUUUAACGGGAAUUUGGAACAAUCGAAAUUAUCGCCGCUCUACACAGAAGGCAAUUUGUCAAGAGCUCUGGCCAAGGAAUCGGGUUAUACCAGCGAUUCGAAUCUAGUCUUCCGCAAAAAGGAGCUACCCGUAAGCAGUCCGCUGAGUCCCGUGGAGCAGCGACAGGCCUACAAGAGCUUGCAGGCGGGAGGGGAACCGCCUUUGCUGGGCUUCCGUAAGCCAGCGCCCGAGAAACCCAAAGAUUUUGACUCGAGCGCCGCACCACCAAUACCCCCACAGCCGCCGCUCAAGGGCCUGGCCAACUCGAACUCAUCCUACGAGCCCUACAGCCCCUACAGCCCCUACAGCAACGGUGAUCAAAUUGAUUCGGGCACAGACGUGAAUAUACACUUCAAGACACCGAUAAGGCAUGAGUACAAGCAGAACAUAUCGGAGGAGGAAUUAGCUAUACGACAAGCGGAGCAUAUGCAGAAAUUGUAUCAGGAGGAGCGCAGACGCAAGUAUCUACAGGAGCUGCAGGACAUGAAUUCGCGACGACACACCGACAAUUUCACACCCUCACAGAAAUCGCCAAUUGCCUUGAAUCGUUACGAUGAUUUCCCCACAGACGUAACGCUCAAAUCUCUGGUGGGGCCCAAAACAGUUGCCAGGGCCCUCUACAACUUCCAGGGACAGACCUCCAAGGAGCUCUCGUUCCGCAAGGGCGACACCAUCUACAUCAGGCGGCAGAUCGAUCCCAACUGGUAUGAGGGCGAGCACAAUGCCAUGAUUGGACUGCUGCCGGCCAGCUAUGUCGAGAUUGUCAGUCGGGAUGGCGCCCGCACGCCUGGCAAGCGUCCAUCCGAGGGUCAGGCACGUGCCAAGUACAACUUCCAGGCGCAGUCCGGCGUGGAGCUGUCCCUCAACAAGGGCGAGCUGGUCACACUGACUCGACGCGUCGACGGCAAUUGGUUUGAGGGCAAAAUAGCCAAUCGCAAGGGCAUUUUCCCGGUCUCCUAUGUGGAGGUUUUAACCGACAUUGGUGCCGAAGAUAUUGCAGCCAGAACGACAACCGUCAUCAACACUCAGAGCACCACGAAUCUGCGUCCAAAUCUGGACGUGCUGCGCACAAAUAUCAACAACGAGUUCAAUACUCUGACCCAGAACGGAGCACAUCCGCCGAAUGGUAUACUGAAGGAGACCCGCACGCUGCACAAGACAGACGCCCUCCACGUGGACACCAGCUCGGAGCCCUUGACUUAUCGUGCGCUGUACAAAUACCGACCACAGAACUCCGAUGAGCUGGAGAUCUUUGAGGGGGAUCUGGUGCAGGUGCUGGAGAAGUGCGACGACGGUUGGUUCGUGGGCACUUCGCAGCGGACGGGCUGCUUUGGCACAUUCCCCGGCAACUAUGUGGAACGUGCCUGAAAAGUGAAAACUCGAAAUGGAGGAAAGAGCAUUACGAACCGUUACGAUAUUUGUCUAUUGCCUUGGCAACAAGUGGAGAGAAAGAAAAAAAUGAAAGUAAACUAUGCAAGAAAUUCAACUCUAAACUUAAUGAAUUUGUAGUCCAAAGCCCAGCCAAGGCAAAAGCAAUUAUUAAUUAUUUAUAUGAAUUAUAAAACCUUAUAAUUUCAAUUGUUGUUAAAAAAAAAAAACAAUAUCAGCUGCUUAAUUUUGCCGAUGUUUCUCUUUUAAUUUAAAUAAUGUACAACUAUUUAUUUAUUUUUAAAGAAAUGUUGAAAUUAUGUUUAUUUAUAAAAAAAAAAUACACAAAAAUAUUAACCAGAAGUUUGAACCACACAGCCCGCACACACACACACACACACACAUA